AUGCUCGAGUCCGAUUGUGAUGCGUCUGAUGACGAAAUCCAAGAUUGGAAUGUGGUGCUCUCUUUAGCUGAUCAGAAAGUCCCCAAAAGAGGGGAGAAAGAUUAUGAGCCAUUGGAGGGAGAUUACGAUUCAAGAAACCUUCUUGAAGCCCAGGGCGCCAUGUUUCAGGCUUUGGAGGCUAAAAAAAGGGGAUUUGCCUGUAAUAUUGGCCAGGAAUUGCGAUAUACAAUCAGAUUUAAUAAAAGGAACCAGUCCUUUCAUAUCUUAAACGCCCAGGGCAAGUUUUUGGACUCUAUGGGUAAGACAGAUGGAAACCAUAAAACUUGGUUUACAAAGUUCGAAGCCUUAUAUUUGAUAGAGAGAGGAACUUGCAGGAUAACGUAUGACGAGGAUAACAAUUACACUCUAAGUUUAGAGGAGUGUUACACAGUAAUCUUGACCGAUGAUGAGGACAUUGAUAAAUACAACGUUUACAGCCAUUUAAAGAGGAAUGGAUACAUCGUUCUGGAAUAUGCAUCGCUAAGCAUUGAAAAGGAGACCAGAUAUGUUAACAUAGAUAAAAAUAUUCACAGCGUUUAUGAUAAACCUCUUUUCAAGUAUACCUUUACAAAUUAUUCAACAAUCUUUUGCAAUUUACAACUGGACAUUUACAAUCGUCACAAAGUAUCACCAGCACCGACUUCUCCAUUUGAGAUAUGUUUCAGCGUUUGGAAACCACAGGUCAACUUUCAGAAGAAAUCACCUCCAUUACCAGAUUUUCAAAUUUCGGUGAUCAACAUUGAAAACUAUAAUUUUCCAACUUUGGAUGACAUUUCACAUCUUUUAGGACAGGCAAAUACCAUACUCAAACCGAGUCGUAACCCAGUUAGUAACCUCAAGUUUGGUAAAGAGAAUAUUAUUAUUGCGACAGUAGAUCAUGGACUGUUCAAUUUUAUCAAGUUGAGUAGGACCAAUUUUCAUUCUCAUGGAUUGAUAUGGGAAGAUGGAUGGCUGAAGAGGAAACAAAGGAGAGCAAAGAACAUACAACUUCCAAAUUCUGAUUGGAAAUCCUGGGUAAGCACAAUUAGGAACUCGCUGAGGAUGUUAACUCUUCGCUGUGGCUCAGUGGAACCAUAA